GUACUGAUUUUUUCAUGAACUGCGUAUGAACGCACGCAAGUUGACUAAUGUAAAUUAAUGCAUUUAGGAAUCACUCAGGCAUUUAUAGGCUUUUUGAGUUCAAUUCAAGUUCAUUUGCUCAAAGAUAGGCAAUUGCGCCUUUCAUUUACUAAAGCGAAAAUGGCUCGGAAAGAACGCGAGUGAUUUCUAGUUAAGAAAAUUGAUUUUGAUUUUUAGAGUUCCAGCGAAAUAAAAAUUUUACCCAUUGAUCCAGUUUGUUUUAAAAUGAGGUAUUUUUUAUCAAAAAAAAGUUCCAUCAUAUAUAGAUAUGAAAAUUCAAAGAGGAUUAAUCUGAUAUAUAUAUUUUUUUUGAAUCUCGAAUGUUGAAAUAUUUUAAAUUUCCGAACAUUUUUUUUCGUUUUCCUUGUUCUUUGACAUUUUUUGAAAUUUUUGUUGGCUAUGUUUCAUAAUGGAACCUCAACACAGUUGAGGCUAAUUAUCACUUGGUCUAGCUCAAGCGCCUGGCUUGAAAUUCUUAAGUCGGGGGUUUGAAUCGCGGCCUGACUUUGUUUUUUUUCGAUAGGUAUGAAAUGAGCGUUUUUGUGAGUUUUCGGUGUAUACUUUUUUCUUCGAUAUGUGGAAAAACGUUCUGUUACUUAUAAUUUUACGGAGCCCGGCAUUGAAUAAGUUCCGUUUUUUUCGCUUUUAUGAUUUCGGUUAUAUUGCUCAGUCACCUAAUAUGGUAGGAUUUGAAGGCCAAAAAUAGUUUUUUUUUAUUCUUGAUUGUUUCAGUAGGGUUGCUUUCUAAAAACUGUUGUAUUUUACUACCUCGAAAUUUUGAUAACUUUUUAAUGGCUUUUUUCGGCUGGACGGUUUUUGGCCGAACGAUCUCCUCCAAGAAAUUUUAGCUUCGUGUCUGCUCGGUAAACUAUACAAAAGAAUAAACUAACGCUGCUGGUUGUGUUUUCGAAAUGUGUUUUUGCUGAAAUGAACAUCAGUCCAGACACACUGUUUUGCAGUUUUUUUUUCAAGAAUUUGGUUGGAAAGUUCUAUCUUACUUGCACGGCAAAUAGAUAUCUGUGUUGAAAUAUGAUCCUGGCGUUUCGUGACUUAAUUCCAGUUCAUCUUUUUGUCAUAAUAUAUUUUACAGGGUGUUGAUUAUGGGUCUUUGGGUUCGUUAAAAAUACGGUCAGUAUGAAAAAUUGUUAACCGGUCAGUUAGUAACAGUUGAUUAGCGAUAAUCUAUGAUGUGAUUUUUUGGAGUUGAGGUGCUUUUGCCAUGGUUUUUUUAUUAGAAUCACUCAAAGUUUUCCGAGCAAAAUCAGGUGCCACGAAAAAUCAGGCGUCGCAAAUAGUUUGUUUUUGUAUCACCAAUUAUCCAAGGAUCGGAUGGCAGCUGAAUAAUUCCCGAUUUCAUUCGUUUUCUUGAGAGACGCAACUAAUGCGGUAUCGUCAGCAAAAACUCUAAUUUUACUUUCUUGGGCACUGACAUUGAUGUCAUCUAUGUAAAGCAGACAAAUUAAAGGCUCAAGAACGGAACUGUGUGGCACACCACAAUUCAAUUUGCGGAUACGUGAUUCACCUUGAUUAUUAACCAAAUACUGUUAUCUGUUAGUCAAAUAACUUCUCAGAAAAGACCUAUUCUUCCCCUUAAUCCAUAAUUUUCAUGCUUUUACAGCAGAAUGUCAUGAAUGACAGUGCCAAAUGUGUUGCGUACAUCGGUUAAAAUUUUCAUUGCAAAAUUUUCUCUUCAAUUUUUUUUCGCAUUGAUUCCAUGAUUAGUGUUAUUGCAUGAGCACAUGAACGUAUUUCUCUGAAACCGAACUGUUUUUCACCGAAAUAUUGCGUUUUUCAAUAAAGGAAAGCUUUCGCUGAUAAAUUAUUCUCUUCAACAUUUUGAGUAUUGUAAAUAGAAGCAAUAAUUGACUAGCUAAAGUGCAUCAGUGAAAAAUUCCUGGUCAAUACACUUGUUAAAGCAUGAUGCCAGAUACUGGCUGAUGACUGGUGCACACAUUUUCAACAUCUUGUUAGAUAUUCAGUCAUGAUCAGCAGAAUUUUUUUAGAUUUUAGUUCUUUUCAAUUCAAAAAAAUUUCCUUUUGAUCAGUUUGUUCUUAUACACGAGAAGAGCCAAUAUUGUUAUAAGAAUUUUUUGCGGGGUUCGAAUCUGACACCAAUGCUGUAAGUUUUGGUCCGAUGGAUACAAAGAAAUCAUUCUAUUCAUCACAAUAGAUCAUUUUCGUAUUUUAUUCUACCUGUAAAUCUGUCAAACACACCAAGCCUACCUCUUGCUGUAUUAAAUUCACUCAUUUUUUAUUUGUAAUUUGGCUUUCAGUUUUUCCAUUUUCGCAUUUUUACGGAAUCAACGAAAAACUGAUGUUUUCAACGCUAGGAUUCAGCAAAAUUUUUGCAUGUAGUUGAUCGCGACCAUGACAUAAGUUUAAUUUCUUUUUUGUGUUGGCUUCCGCUUAUGUCUUGGGUUCCGAAAAUAUAUUCAAAGAAACGUCUCUCAACAUAAAAUCAGUUCUGAAAUGUUUGCUAUUCAGACUCAAAUUUUUGAAAUUUAGUCGGUUCAGUGUCUAUGAUGAUUUCAUUUUGUUUUCUCGACAUGGAAAAUGAUUUUCUGAAGCAUAUCAUAUUUUGGGGAUUUAUCUUUUUAAAAACCAGCCUCGCUUUAUUAUGGAACUUGAACAUUUUCCAGGACUGUUCCUGCAUGGUCGACUGGAAAAGCGAAUUCUCUCGAUCUUAAGAUCUGGACGUUGAAGCAUUGUCUGAUUGUUUUUGCUAUAUUGCUGAUUUUUUGGUUAACUAUCUUAGUAGGGAAUCUUUUUCUCAUUUAAACAGUUUUAACAUUAAUCGAAAGUCGUUCUGUAACUUAAAAAUUUACCAAGUCCGAUUUUAGUAAGUUCCUCUUUUGUUGAACUGAUUUUGGUCUUUUUUGUCAGUUUUUUUUUGCUGAAACGAUUUAAGCCCAAUUCGCUUGCGAGAGGUAAUGGCUUGUAAUCGGGUUGAAGAGUUUUUUCCUACGAACGAUUUUGCUUACAAAUCUGUAAGAAAAUGAAUUUGAUUUUUGAGCUCAAUUAACUUCCAGUAUCCUUCUCACUGCCGUCCGGACCUUGUUUCUUUUAUAAUGUUUGAAAUUGAAUUUUCUGAAAGAAAUGGAUUUUUGUCGGACUUUUAUUUGUGUGCUCAGUUUUUGCCGGCUAAGUUUCACAGGGAUGGGAGUUUCUUCUAAUUUAAACAAUUUUUACUAUCAUUGUCAGUAGUUAUUUAAAAUUUUAUCAGCUCGGAUGUUGAAUAUGUGAGUUGGUUAAUUUGAUAUGUUUUUUCAUUUUUUAAAUCAAGUUGUUUCAGCUUAUUUGCCUUAAAAUGAUCAGGGGAAUGGUUAGUGUUACAUUUUAAUCGUCUAAAGAAAACUUUUAUGACAGCUACUUAUGGCGUUUGUUUUUAUUUUUUCGGCUCAAUGGGGUUCUACCCAAGUUUUGUCGACUUGCAGCUGCUCAGUAAGUGAAAGUCUUUUUAAACUUGCAUUGGUUGUGUUUCUCGACUGUUUUUCUGAAAUUCAUUUUUCUACAUUUUUAAAAUGUCAGUUUUUUUGGCGUUAUGAUUUCCGUGUCAUUUUUGUUUGGCUGAGUGUCAAGAUUGUCGGCCGAGUGGCGUUUCCUCAUAUGAUACUGAAUGCUUAUUUAACGCAUUUCGUUUUUGAAGUUCAACAUCAUUGUAGGUGUCGUUUUUUUUCUUCAUUACAAUAUUUUUUUUUCAAUUAGUGGUUUUUGUCUCAUGUUCUUUUCGCUAGCUUGCUUUGCUUGCAUUGUGUUUUCAGUGUUGCGAAGCUCGAAUUUGCCGCUUUGUAAGUUAAUUGCAAUUGUGUGUGUGGCCGGAAUAAUCUAUGCUCUCUGCACAGCAACCGGAUGCAAUUGCGUAAAUUUUUCAAAAAAAACCUGGGGCGUUUCCAGGUAGUCUCACCUGUUGCAGGUCUUACCUCCAAGUUUCGCUCAAGUCAUUUCAGUUUCUGAGAUAUGCCGUUUUUAAUGGUUUUUCAAGAAAACUUGAGAUCUAAAAAAGUUUUAACUUUAAAAUACGCAGCACUAUGGCGGUGAGCUUUGAAAGUACCACCAGGUCGUUUAUCUGGACUUCAAAUAUGACUGCUCAACGCCUUUAAUUUUCUUAAAUAUGAAGUUUUUACCUUUUUUGAAAAUUUUCAAAAAGUGUUAAAUUAAAAAAUAUAUAUACUUUUCGAAGUUUGAUAUUGUCGACCCUUUGGUGGGGGUGUUGUCAGGUUACUACCAGCGGAUGCAGAUGUGGCCUAUCAUCCUAAUAUCAUGGCUCAAAUUUUAAAAGUUUCGAAAUUGGCGUUUUUAAUGAUAUUUCAACACUUUUCAUUAAACUUACAAUUCAGCUAAGAUUUUGAUGGUUUUGUAAAUGAAAUUGUUUCAACGUUUUUUUUAUUUGGAAAGUGCAGUUAUAUGCUGUUGGCUAUUUUAGGGUUGUCGGAGUUAAAAAUACGAAGAUCUGAAACCCAGUAGUUUUGGAGAUUUUACCAUUUUAGUUUAAAAAUUCUUUGAAGUUAAAAUUAAAAAAUUUUUUAUCGUUCAAAUUUUAAAAUCAAAAGAGUUGUUGUAUUCCCUUGUCUAUUAUUACGGUUGCAUUUUUUCUUUGUUUUUUUUCACAUAUAAUUUGUAUAGAAACUAAUUUCACGUUCACUUAUCGGGUUGAUGCACCGAAGUUUAAACUACUCGAUGAUAGUCAUUGCAUAUGAUCUCCAUGUUUAAUUGUCCUAUGAUAAACAUUAUUUUAGAUUUUUUAUUGUCUCACUAAAACCCUUACAUCGCACUUUGCUGAAAAAGAAGAACGGAAAAUUUAGUUAAAUUAUAUCAAAGUAUGAUUUUUUAAAAAUAUCUUCACUUCAUUAGUCGGAACAUUUUAUGCUAAUUGCACAGCGAACGUCUAUCGCUACUCUUUUUUAAAUUGAUUUCAAGGCCGAGACUAGCAAAUCCUAGUAUUCGAAUCAAUUUUUCGAGCGUUAAUUGAGAGUGAUUUGUGCCUUUGUUUAACUUCCUCUAAAGCAUUAAACAAAACGUGUGGGUAGAGGUAUGGUAAAUUGGAAUAAAUUGUUUCAGACAGUACCUGGUUUGAUUUUAAGCCGCGUAGGAAGAAACUAUAUCUUCGGGUGGGCGUGUUGAUGUUGUAUUUAUUACCAUUUUAGGAGAUACAAAUACUAACCGAUUUACUGGCACCGAAAAAAUAAUAAUCCGUUUGUUUUAUCUAUCAGCCUACGACAUUUUGCCUUCAGAAUUUAAGGAACCUCCAGUCAAAAUUAAUUAAGUUGACCUUUCUGAUUUUUAAAAUUUUUUUUUUUCAGGUUAGCUACAGCCAAAGUCAAACUUUCCCUUUGAAAAAAGAUAUACUGACCUGUUAUAUUUUUAUCGCAUCUCGUUAGUUACUGAAAUCAUCUAUUACUUAAAAAACAAAUUGGAGGAUCUCCUUCAAGCGCUUUUUUGUAAAACCCUAAUAUCAAUUCAAUUUUGCUGCGUAAUUCUCCAAAUUGAAGAAAUACCUACCCUCAUUUGAUUUGACCAUAGAUUUUCCGUUACACCUUGAAUUUAAAGUCGGAAGAAAAAUAACAGAUCAUUCGUUGAAAAGUAACCUUGUCAUUGCUUUAGCAUUUGCUUCUUUUUCUGUUUCAAAUGGGGUCACUUUUUCAAUAUUGCUGUUUAGUUACAUCAUUAUAAAUUACCGUUGCUUAAUACUAUCGCGCACAACAAAUCGAUUAUCUUUGCAUAAGUUGAAAAAGGAUUUUUUUUUGAGGUCGGCUUGCUUGCAAAUUAGUUCACAACUUUUUAUACUACCACGAUCCAAUGAUCCUUAUUUUUUGAUUAGAGGUUAUUUGUGCAGCCUGCCUAUUGAAGUGUGUUUGCAAAAUCUUUUAGCUGAUUUGCACAAAUUGAGGCGGAGAUUGUCUUAACAAUUUUUGAAGCUAAGUCUUAGUGUAAUUAAUGCGGGUAGAUACAUUUCCUUAUUUUUCCUUGUUGCGUCAUUGGUUUGUUAAGUAGUUCGAACACUUUUUUUGCUAAUUUGACUGGAAGCAUGAGCGAAUGAGUGUAAAAUUGAGACCUGAGCAUAAAUGACCGCGGAUAAGUUUUCUUUGAAUCUGUCAUGUUUGUUGAACUUAUUUUCUACGCCUUACCUAACGCCUUGUACAUUAGUGUAGUAUAUUCUACCUGUGCUAUAAUUGUUUAACUUCCAACUGAGAGUAGAAACCAAUAAUAAAGCGGUAGUUACCAUCAUCAGUUAUUUAGCUUCAAAAUAAAUGCGUUCAUUUCAUUGUGUAACAUCACAAUUGGCCACAACACGAAUAUGCAUUGCUUGUUUAGUGGCGUAUUUAUCUCUUUUAAGUAGUCGUUUUAUACUCUGUGUUGAGUUGUCAUAGUAUGACGUAAGCAGAGCACUGUUUCAAAUUAUCGCUUAUCAAAUUUAUUUCUGCAGUGAUCCUGCAACAGCUUCCUUAUUGCACCAAUAUUACGUCACAAAUGUUAUUGAUGUCACUAGCAGGCUCUAAAUUUGUGACCUGCGACGAUUGAAUCAUUUUCGGUGUGUGAUGACGAACUUUCUGGAGUUAUUUUUUAUUCCGGCAAUAUCGAUCUCAAAUGAAGCCAAUGAAAAUGAAAAGAAGCAAGAAGUUGGAAAACAGUCUCUAAAAAUGAGUAGGAGCAGUAAUAGUAGGGCUGACAUAGUUAUAAAUUACACUGCCGGAUGAUGGUGAUGACUUGACGUUUGAAAUCUACCCUUCAACCUAUUUUUGGCCUCCCCGUUAAUCACAGCACCCCCUUUCGUCCCCUGCUUGAAAUAGGAAGUUUUAACGUCUUUCGUUAUUAGUUUUAUUGUAGCGGCAAAUACUUUUUCGAUUAGCUUCAACUAAAAUUCCGCCAAUCAGCUUGUUCAGAUCUUCCUGGAAUUCAUUGACCGUUAGGACAAAUAGAACUGUCUGAAGAAAUUGAAAAAGAGAGCACGAAGAUUGUGUGAUUGCGUGCGUAGUUAAAUAGUGCGGUCGUGUGUACGGCUGGAUUAGGAGCUGAAAUAGAUCAACACAGACUGGUGACGCAAUUGGAGCAAUCACUUUCAGAUUGGACUGCAUUGGAUUCGAUUGGUGAAGCUCUCUCUCUCUCUCUUUCUUCUGGUUAGUGGAAUAAAAAAGCUAAGCAGAAAAGGAGAAAAGAAAGAAAAAGCACCGAGGUUGUGGCAGUUCAGGAAAAAAGAGAGAGAAGUAAAAGUGGACUUUAUUCUUAUUGAAAUAUAGGCAGAUUAGUGGUUUAAACGUAGACACCGUUACCAUUCGAUACUACACUACGCUUGCGCUGUUGUGUGCUGAUUACGUCACUGCUGGUGCUAUUGCAGAAAUGAAUGAGUGAGUAGUGAGUGAAUGAAGUAUUUCCAUUCCCUUCUUUCCUUCACUUCGCUCCGCUCUCAACCUCGAAUAACCACCACUUAUUGUUCUCCAUAUUGGUGACGUGACUCUGUGACGUAAUAGCUUACUACCUUCCUUACCUUGCCUCUGCCUUCUUUCUUCUAUCUACCUAUCCUUCUGUGUACUUUGGCCAGAAACAAGUCUGAGAUUGCAAUUAAAUCCCCACAAGCUAAUUGCCUCGCUUCUUCUCCUUUUGGUCUUGACCACCAUAAUAAAUACAGCUACUACCGUCAAUUGGAUCAUUCGUUUCCUUCUUGUUUCUCCUCGUCCCAGGCAGAAUCGUUUCGUCAUCAGAAGGAGUUCCUCAAACCAAUUAUAUCAACCAUUUAAUUCAUUUCCACAUUUAAAGAAGCCUUCUUCUCAUUCACGCAAACCGCUUUUAUAGUUUCAUUCUACUCCAUAAUCGAGUCCAUUUCAUCUUGGAUAAGGACGACAAAAUUACAGGAUGCCCAUAAAGAGCUCUUUGUUUCCAUAGUGACCUGUUGCUUAGACGCUUAUUUCCAAACUGAAGGUUGAAAAAGAGUGCUUUAAAACUGCCUUUACCUAUCUUGAGCACAAAGCAAUUCGCUUCAAAGGGUGUCAUUUGAAAGGACUAAAUUCAAUUGAAACUCUUUUAAUUUGAUCAAUUAUUUACCUUAGAAAGAGUUAUGACGGGUGGAAUUUUUAUGCCUCAGCACUAGCAGUUGGAAUUUAAUUGUGUUUAAUGCUGUUAAAAAACUUAAUGGCUUCACCAUCUUGUGUAGUAAAUGUCCCUAAAUCAUCAACAGGGGCAGUCUACUCGAUUGCCAACCCUUCAGUGGGUAAACCUACUGCGGCAAUACCCGCCGGCGGUGCAAAAGCCUACAUUAACGCUUCAGUGCGAAUGACCUCUCCUGCGAGUAACAGCGGCAACUACUCGUCUUCGAUGACAUCAUCAAGUAGUGCAGCGUCGUCGACCCGACAGAAAGGGUGCAUUCAAGUUGGUUUUUACGACAUCGACCGGACGAUAGGAAAAGGAAAUUUCGCCACCGUGAAACUUGCCAGGCACCGCGUGACUAAAUCAAGAGUCGCUUUGAAAAUUAUCAACAAGAAACAGCUAGACGAAAGUGACUUAGCCAAAACGUACCGAGAAAUUAACAUUCUGAAGAAACUUAACCAUGUAAACAUAGUGAGAUUGUAUCAAGUUAUGGUGUCGAACAACAUGCUUUAUUUGGUGACGGAGCACGCGGCUAACGGUGAGCUGUUUGAGUUCUUAGCUGAGCAUGGUAGAAUGGAGGAACCGGAAGCGCAAAGAAUUUUCUGGCAGAUUGUUCUUGCGGUGGAGUACUGCCAUCAACAAGGCGUGGUCCAUAGAGAUCUAAAGGUAGAGAAUCUUCUGUUUGACAGCUUCUGGGACAUCAAAAUAGCUGAUUUUGGAUUCUCAAACACGUACGUGCCUGGAAAACUUUUGGACACGUGGUGUGGCAGUCCGCCUUACGCAGCGCCGGAAAUUUUCCAGGGUCUGAACUACAAUGGGGAGAAGUUGGACAUUUGGAGCAUGGGAGUUAUUCUGUACGUCUUAGUGUGUGGUUGUUUACCGUUUGACGGCGACUCACUACAGGAACUGAGAAGUCGAGUACUUUCAGGGCGCUACCGCAUUCCCUACUUCCUGAGUCGGAAUUGUGAAUCGUUGAUUCAAAGGAUUUUGGUUCUUGAUCCAGUCAAAAGGUAUACAGUUCAGCAAAUAAAACAGCAUAUCUGGAUGAAACGGGAUUCGGAGUAUGAUAUAUACAAUGGAUGUGGUGCUACUUCAACUAGAGGUGGGGAUCUUUUACCUCUAAAUGAAAAUGUUCUUCAAGCUAUGAAUAGACUUGGUCUUGACCAGGAGAAAACCAAUACAUCAGUUGUGGAACAAAAAUACGAUCAUUUUCACGCAAUAUAUCACUUGCUACUGGAGAAAGUCGAGACUUCUGGCCCGAUUUCUCUGAAUGUAAAACAACCUUCACAAAUGCCAAACUUAAGCUCUUCAUCCGAUUCGGUUUCUGUCUGCUCAAGCAUAUCUCUGGACCAGAAAAGUGCAGAAUCUACUACAGACAAGGGACUCCUUCGCCAGAAAUCUUGCAGUCCGAAAGGGUCUAUUGGGACACCUUCCAUUGAUGAAGGCUUCUCGUCAGACGUCUCGUUCGACGCUGAUCAGUCUCUGGGAAAAGAAGCAUCAAUGGAGCAGAUGACUCCGAUCAAAGAAGAUCCGGAAGCAGAACAUUUACGACUUAAUUCGACUACGGGAUCCUCAGUUGCAAGUACUCCGAGGAACUCAGCAAACAACACUGCUGCAUCACAAUUAGACUUUGAAAUAUCAUGGCAAUCUCAUCACUUCUCACACUUGAAAAUUCCUAAUCAUGUAUCUCCCCCGUCAAUGAUCAUAACCACCGACAAUAAUCUUAAUCAAGCUCAGGUUGCAACUGCAACAGUCUCAACCGGCAGUUCAUCGGGAGCAUAUACCUCUUUAUCAUCAUCAACAGCUGUCACAACUGGAGGACAGACAACGCAUUUCCACAACUCAUAUGACGAAGUAUCAGGCGAGAAGAUGCUAGUCAACCUGGGUGGACAUUCAAAUUUCAGCAGCCUGGAAUCGCAGUGCUCAGAAUACUCCUCGAACAUAUCUUUGGACACAAGUCAACAACAGCUGCAUAACUCGACAGGAGGAACCGGCAACAGAUUUACGCAGUCUACAUCUCUAUCGCCGCAGGUGUGUGUCGCGAGACCCCCCUUGGUACAUCAACAAAGAAUUGGCGACUGCUUCUCGAGUACGAAUGCGGCCAAUAAUGCGACUGUCGGGUUCCUAGCUUGUGGACGACGCGCCUCGGAAAGCAACCUGAAUGAGCAAGAUCAGGAGGAACUGGAGCCCAACCCUAAAAAUAUGAAACACCAGGUGCAACCAUACACAAUACAGACAUUGUCUCAUUUUGAAGCGACAGCUGUAGCUGACAAAAAGCCAACAGAUGCCAAAUACUUGACUCCAAAUGCUAAACUGAUGGUGUCUAGCUCGCCUGCCAACAGCAAUACUUUAAACGUGGCAAUUGUAAACAGUGCUCCUGGCAGUCCUUCUGUGCAAGCUAAGCGACUGAUUAAACAACAGCCGAUGAACCCGAAACUGGGCAACGGUGAUUUGGGUCUCAAAAGUAGAAUGAGGCACCCAAUCAAUCUUGCCGGCCACAGUCCUCCCUUGUUACAGCAGCCAGUGGGCGGCCACUCUCCUACUCAGUUUCUCUCACCUCUCGCAAUCUCAAAUGAAAACUUUAACAAGCCAUCGCAAUAUCACAUGUCAAACUCGCAACAGCAAAUACAGCUACAACAUCAAGCUCAAUAUCAGAACCAAAUUUUGCAGUCUCAGUCCGGCCAAGGUCAACUUGGACAUCCUCUGAAUUCUGGUCAAGCGCUGUUACCGUCCGGAGGAACUGCGGCGACUGGAGGUUAUACAUUUAUUGGGACGCCAAGAUUUGCGCUGUUGCCGAAACCUCGUAGCUUUGAUGAAACGCAAUCACACCGAAGGUCGGAAGGCAUGACUUCGUCUAGCGGCAAUGUAACUGGAAGCGGAUUGUCUCUAGCUGCCAGUGACGCUUGCAGGAGGCAGCAUAGUUUUGAUACACCAUCCAAAUUACAUAAUCAGAGCAGUAACGAAGAACCAACAGCGGGUGAUGAGUUUUGUCCAACUCUAACGAACGCUGCUUUGCUGGCCACGUCAUCCUGUGCUGCAGUAAAGGAACGAAUGUUGAAGAAUCAGAGACGUCUUUAUUCUAGUAGCCCGUACGCAGUUAAACAGCCAGCAGCGAAUCAACCGCGAUCACCCUCCGCGAGAGCCUUUCCUAGAAGAGACAAUUUUCAGAGGCAGUUGACACUUAGGCCGCAGAAAAUGUUGGAGCGCCAGUCAAGUAAGUGCAGCAGUUCUCCACCUAGAGUUCCACUAGCACAUCAUUCGAGUUUGGACAACGAGUACUCGACUGCGAAUCAAACAAUGGAAGGCGUUUUGAGCCAGUCUUUAGCUUUAUCGCCAGGUGUGAGUUCUUCGAAUGUCGGCAAUUCCGAGAUCACGUGCAUGUUGCAGCAGAUGGAAUUGCGAAACUCGAUUAACUCGCCGCUCCCGGCUGCGGAGUCGAGAAACAACCCGAGUCCUGUCGAGCCACAUUUGGUUACAAAUGCACCACAAAGGUUUCAAGGUGUGCCAAAUAAUUCACCGACCCCAGUGUAUAGGUACCCACAUAACAAUGCUGCUAGCGCUCCUAGGCACCAAGUGUCCUCGCCCAUACCGAGCAUCUCAUUCGAAAGUGCAGAUGGGAUUGUUUGCUACUUGAACAGUGCAAAUGUAAGGCCUAGAUCGCCGACAAACUUAGCAGCGUCACCUUCCACUCAUAGUCUCGGAAGCACAGACGACCGGGUGGCUUCGCCGUCAUUACAAAAUCAACUUGCUCAGCAGUUAUAUCAGCAGUCAUUAAGUGGUGUAUCUUUACAGCAGAUAACACGUGAUCAACUUCUGUCACAGUUCUCUCAGAGUCAACCGAACCCAUCUGUAAGUACGAUAGCCGAUCAUGGAGCAGUUAAAUCAUCUUGCAAUGUCGCAGAUGGUACUUAUUUGAACUUGAGAAUUGAUUCACAAACAACCCAAAGUUCUGAAGGUCUCAAGCAAGACCAGUUAUCGGAAGUUCCUAUCGAGUUCAUGCAGCAGAUGAACUACGUGGCAGUUGCUACAGCUAAUGUAACAUUGGAAACAAGAACAAUGACAUCGCGACGAAAUUCAGACGAGGCAUCGCAAAACAGCUCACCUAUGGAUCAAGAGUAGACUUCAAACUUUCUGAAAAGUUAAUCGAAACUUUUGUUUAUAUGAUUUUCAGUUACAUUUUAAAACCUUGCAAAUCCACUUAGCUCUCACUUUGUCGAAAUCUAUGAGGUUAACUAAUCAAUUCUGAAUUGACGGAUUUCUUAUCCGUCAGCAAAAUACGGUUCUUUAUAGUUCAAUGUGUUGGCGUCAAAGCUCUGAGAGUGGUAUUUGGUGGCAUGAUUAUAAACAAAAGAUCUAAUGUGUCUUGCAGACUUGUUUUAUUUUUUGGCGAUUUUUUUUUACCGACGAUGUCAUAAACUACUAAAAACUUGGUGCGGCUUCAUUUUUUCUAAUUCAGCUGGUCUGUAUUGUAUUUAUUGAGCCGUACCGUAAAACUAAUGAUAGAGCUGGUAGAAUUGAAAAUGUGCUUUUUGAUUAUUUUGAAUUGUCAAUCCGAUGCUAACAUGUGCCAUUUAGCUCAACUUUCAAUAGAAGAUCAAGCGUAUCAUUGCAAUGUACAAUUGAUAGUCCUAUCACACUAAUUUUGGAUCUCCUCAGCUCUUUCUCACUAUUGCUAAAGGGACAAAUUGUUAAAGAUACCAAGUUUGCAUCUGCUUAACAGUUAAAGUGCUCAUUUGUAGUUGUAGUUUUUUUUCAAAUACCAUUAGGGCGAAUAGUUGAAGAGAUCCGUAUUUUUUAUCAAAUAUUUCAAAUCGAAGCUCUGAAACAGAGCGGCUCAUUUGUAGAAUUUUUGAACUUGGGGGCUACAACAGCAGUGACGUGUUAACUAAGUCGCCAUUGAGAUCCUUGAGUUUCAAUUUAGUUCAUCUGGGCUUGCUGUGUAGUUUAUAACAAGUCUUGUUCUCUCUCUCUCUCAUUUAUAACUUCAAAAAGAGCAGCUAUAAAAAUGAUUCUAUCUUCCUCUUCCCUCAAUUUAGAACAAAUUUAAUUCGCAAUCAGAUAUAUAUUUUUCUUUGAUAGCAAUCGUAUUUUAACAGUAUAGAGUAUCUAGUUUUGGUAUGUGAUGAUCAUACCAGACACACUGCUGUCUAUUGUAUGCCAUUACGAUGAAGUUAAUUAUAGAAUGAGCGAAAUUGUUGAUGAGUUAUUAUUUGUUUUUUAGUGUUAAUAGAGUUACCUUCAACUUGCCAUUCAACAAAAUGUAUAUUCAA